GUUUCCUCACGCAGCGCCCCUUUUUUUCGGUGAUCUACGCGCAGCAGCAGCAGCAGCAGCAGCAGAGCAGCAGCAACGCCGCGCGGCGGCCCCGAUCAGGAAGUGAAUCUGAAGAAAAUAAGCGACUGUGGAGGUAGAAUGACAUAGAGACGGGGUGGGGGGGAGAGAGGUGGGAGAGAAUCGAGCGGAUAAAUAAAGGCGACUAUAUAAACGGAGGGAGGAAUCCGACCCUGUUUCUGGAUCCGUUUGGGAGCGACGCCUGUCUGGGAUAUAGGUCCACUGCACCGCUGAAAUAACACAAAGAUGCUCAUAAAGGAAUAUCGAGUGAUUCUUCCCAUCUCUGUGGAAGAGUACCAGGUGGGCCAGCUGUACUCUGUAGCUGAAGCCAGUAAGAAUGAGACGGGCGGAGGCGAAGGAGUAGAGGUGCUAAAAAAUGAACCCUAUGAGAAGGAUGGAGAGAAGGGCCAGUACACACACAAAAUUUACCAUUUGCAGAGUAAAGUGCCAUCAUUCGUCAGAAUGUUGGCUCCAUCUUCAGCUCUGAACAUCCAUGAGAAAGCCUGGAAUGCAUACCCUUAUUGUCGUACAGUCAUCACUAAUGAGUAUAUGAAAGAUAACUUCCUGAUCAAGAUUGAGACGUGGCACAAACCUGACAUGGGACGCCAGGAAAAUGUACACGGUUUGGAUGCAGAAACCUGGAAAAAGGUGGAUGUAGUCUAUAUUGAUAUUGCAGACAGAAGCCAGGUGGAGCCAAAGGACUACAAACCAGAGGAGGAUCCCUGCAAGUUCAAGUCAGCAAAGACAGGACGAGGUCCUCUAGGACCAGACUGGAAGAAGGAGCUUCCUAACAAGAAAGACUGCCCACACAUGUGUGCCUACAAACUGGUCACUGUCAAAUUCAAGUGGUGGGGUCUGCAGAAUAAAGUGGAGAACUUUAUCCAAAAGCAAGAGAAGCGCUUGUUCACAAAUUUCCACCGCCAACUGUUUUGCUGGAUUGAUAAGUGGAUUGAACUGAACAUGGACGAUAUUCGUCGCAUGGAGGAGGAGACUCGUAGGGAGCUAGAUGAAAUGAGAGUCAAGGAUCCUGUGAAAGGAAUGGUGGCUCUAGAGGACUGAGACUUUGUUGGACAUAAAUGCUGCCGCUCAUCAGAUUGGACCUGAAACCAGCGGAUUCACUCCUCCUUUUGUCUCAACUGAUAUGUCUGACUGGACGGUCCAAAUCCUACUUUCCGCAGUAGAUUUUGGUCUUCUCGGACCUGGACCCAGUACACUCCCAGUUUUCAGCUGAUCUCCUCUACAUCGUCUGUCCUUCCUUGAGUCCUACUUGUCUUAUUUUGUUUAGUUGUUUUUACUCAUUUGCUGUUUCCACCUAGCUUAAACUUUUGAAGGCCUCCAGUAGCAUCAUUAUUAAGAUUGUGAGUUACUCCGAUCUUUUUCUCUCAAUUUUGUUCUAAACUACAGAGAACAGUGAGAACACUGUCAUUCAUCUCUGCAACUAAGGACAUAUUUUAGACAAAAUAUCACAGUGGCACAUCAGUAUAGUGUAAUGCAGUCUGCUGUGUACUUAUAAUCAGCCAGUAAGGUUUUAUCCCCAGUACCUGCCUUCCGGCUUCAAGGCGUUUGUCAAUUUUUCUGCUGCUUUGUGAGUUGGUGUGUGUGUGUGUGUGUGUGUGUGCACGCUUCUGUUGUGUGCCGGUGUGUGUUGAUAGGUCAUCAAAGUGUCCAGCCAGGUUUUUCUUCAAACACAUUAUUUCAAGCUCUGGACGAACAUGCAGUAAUGUGAAGAUUAUGUCUAACUCUGUGAAUAUUUAGGUAGAAAUAGUCUAAAAAGAUGCACAUAAAAUGUUAAUUACAGUUGAUACGGUAAAUGAAAACAGCCAUAAAUGAUUUGAGGACUGCCGUUUUUCCUUUUCUGACAGACUUUUUUUUUUCUUGAUGUGUCAUUUCCAGUGGAUAAAUGGUCUUAUCCAGCAAAAGCAAUAACUAUCAUGACAUGUUGGGUCUCCUUUUUUAUCAUCACAAAUCUGUUUUAGUCCUUAGUUUGUUUCUGUUGUGAGGUCAGUCUUAGGAAAGCAGAGCCUGAGCUGAAUGUCAGGAGCUUAACAGAAUUUAAGUGUUUAGUCUUUCUAUAGAGUGUUAUCUUGUUAUUUAUUUCAUUGUUCUUACUUAUUUUCUCUGGUAUUGUGCUUAGGACUGAAUGAGUAACGAUUAGUGGUGUGACAGUUUGCAGAGACCUGAUGAAUGACUGGGUGAAGAAGUGAGGAACGGCUCACUCGACAUCAUUGCUCUCUGUUUUUAUCGUCUCCUUUGUCCUAUCUUAUUGUUCUUCUUCUUAUGUUAUAGAUAACAAGAGAUAUCUAUUAUGUUAUAGAUAACCAGAUAACGCUGGUUUCAUACACUUUACUAUUCCAUGUACUUUAACAGGAGAGUGUGCAAGAGAUCACAUAAAGGAGGCAAUCAAUUACAUUGAUUGAUUAUAUUUGGAUCGCUACAAAAACUGCCACAAAAUUUGGAGACAAUAAUAUACAAAAUUAUAUUUAUUUUUGGAACUUUAUGUCCAACAAUUUCAAAGGCUUAAUUCUGGACACAUGUGUGGAGUUUAUAUAUAUAUUUUCUUGCAAUAAUAAACAAAAGGUUUAGUGGAAGGGCCUUUACUCCCAUUGGCCUUUAUUAGACAUAGAUCACAUGAUGUCAUAGUUUGUUUUUAAAAAAAGCAGGUUUAAUUUGACAUUUUACAAAGUCUUACUGAUCCCUCUGUUGUAGAAAUUGUGCUUACGGGAACGCUUGUUUGGAAUAAGGACAUGUCAUCAUCACGUCAUCACUGACUUAAUUUUAAUCCUAAAUUAGGUUUUAGGUCAGUUUAUUAAGUCUAGACAAAUUCAGUUGUUUUUUAGUUUUGUUGUUUCACAGUAAACCCUGAAACUGUACUGAUCAUUUAAAUAAUUUAACAACCAAUAUCAUAUAAAAUCAUUAGAGAGAGCAACUAUUAUUAUCUAUACUUUUUAGAAUCUUUUUUCAUUAUGUUAGAAGUCUUUCCUUUUUUUUCCACAGCGCUGUAAUUCAAUAGACCUACCAAGGGUCAAAAGUGACACAAUUCAAUGAACUAAUAAAUUGAUGAUUAUUUAUAUCAGUGAGACUUUAAAUAAAAUGUCAAUAAGCAUUUAUUCAACAUUUAUAAAUAUGUUAUCUUGUUUUCUAUUUAUAUAAUUAUUUAUUAAACAAAUGUAUUUUAAAAACUAAUGAAAACUAGUGAAAAUCAACAGUUAUAUGUUGAAUAAAUGAUGUACUCACAAGUCACACAGCUCAAUUACAGACCAAUCAUCUGUAAUUGCCAUCUGCAGGGCAGUUAGCCCCACUCACUUACCUUGACAGGCAAGGCAAAUAAAUUCUUGAUAACACUCAACAUGGGAUUAAAUACUGACAUAUUCAAGAUUCUUUUUAACAUGAUGAAUGAACAACUUAAGUAAUUAUUUCCUAAUUUAACACAUGUACAUGUGUUUGUUUAACAUCUCUUUUAUGCAUCGACUUGUUGCACUUUUGGCCCUCAAUAGCCAAAUUGCUUCUCACUGUCUUUUACCUCCUCUGAAGAGAACAUGGAUGUCCCACCCCUCCACGUCUGUGUCCAUCAUCCCUCUCUGUUUGGGUUUGUCAACUGGGUCACGGAGAUUUGUGGAUGUACUGUGUGUACUGACUUUGUAAAUAGUAAAUAAAUUAAUGUAGAAGAACACAUAUAUAUAUAGAUGAGACUGUCCUGCCAAGUGUGCACAACACCCUCUCAAACACUCCUGAUCCAUUAUUCAAAAACCUCACAGACUCCUACAGAAACAUUUGAGUGUGAAAAUGUAGAGUUAUAGUAGCUAAAAUUUAGUGCAGGUAAGACAUUGUUUAGAACAAUAUGAAAUGUAUUUAUUUAGGGAAAAUAAAAAUUUAGCAGCAGCUAGGAGCUGAGCUUUGCUAUUUGUAUUCAGAGGAAAACAUUUGAAGUGCAGCAAGCACCCCGUUCACUGUCCCUCAGAGGGGACGUCUUCUCACUGGCAGGACAGCAUAAAUAUAUAUUUUUGUUCUGAAUGUUGUAGUACCUCUGUUGUCAGUCUCUGGAUUACACUCUCUUCUCUCAUUGAAAUGGUAAACGUUACUGUAGCUUGGGUCAGUGCAUUGAUCCACAUCAUGGCAAAAUCGUGGAAGUGGAUCCCCAGUGCAUGUCGGAUUGUUGUGCUCCCGUUGUUAGUCAUGAAAGAUGAUUAUCCUGCCUGGCCUUCAACGGAAGCACAGAAAUACCCUAACAAGGAAUGUGGUUUCCAAACAGAUGCCGAGAUAAGAUUUUAAGAGCUCAAAGACACAAAAGUUAUGAGAGAACAUAUUUUAACAGAGACAAUCUAAUACGUAUAUCUCUUUUUAGAUUCCUUGAUUUUUAAUUGGAGUAUGAAGAAACCAAAUGAUUCCAUAAUCCUGAACUGUUUUUAAAUCUCUCUGUCUCUCUUUUUCUCUCUCACUCCUGUUACCUUGUCUCCUAUUUUUUUUCUUUUAUUGUGAAUUUGUGCCUUUUCGUCAUCUUAUUCUCUAAUAACACUACUGUACAUCAGAGACAUAACGAAAUGAAUAAAGACUCAAAGUGACUAUACAAAUUUA